CUGAGGACGAAACUCGCGCGAGGUCAAAACCACACGUUGCAAGAUGGCGGACGUGCUGGCAGCGAUGCUCGACCGCAACGAGGUCCCAAGCAUCGUGGGCCUCAGCCGCGCCGCAGGCGUGAGCCUCAGCGAGAGCCGAGGAUACCUCGAAGACGCACUCGCCGCCGAGCCCGUCGCCGCCCUCUACGUGGCCGUCGAGACCACGACAGACCCAACGACCAAUGCGAUCGUCGGCAAGACCAUCUCGCUCUCGCGCGUGGCCGCCAACGAAUGCCUGUACGCAAUCCACGCCGCAACCAAGGCUGAGAGCCCAAGCCUCGUUGAUGAUGGGAUCAAGACCGCGCUGUGGUUCCCGACGAUCGCGGACGGUGUCCCGUCCGCGUCGUUUAGCAGCGCAACCUCAUCGGAUGUCCAGUGCGCGGCCGCGACAGAGCGCCAAGGCAAGGCCAAGAAAGGCGCCGAGUCGGCGAGUGUGUUUCAGGACUUUAAGAAGCCAACGAUCUCGACGACCCCGACGUUUGCCAAAUCGUCCAAGCCCGCGGCCAAACCGGCGGCGGCAUCAAAGGGCGGCUUCUUUGGCAAGUCCAAGCCUGCGCCGGUGAAGAAGAAGGCGACGCACGUCAUCGAUAGCGAUGACGAGAGCGACAACAGCGACGAUGAGAUGCCCAAGUUUGUCAAGUCCACCAACAAGCGUCUGAAAGUGUGCGACAGCGAUGAUGACGAUGACGACGACGAUCCGCUACCCAAAACAACGACGGCUCCCAAGGUUCCUAUACCCAAGGCUGCCACGCCAAAGGCGCCUACGCCAAAGGCUCCUACACCUAAAGCUCCUACACCCAAAGCUGCUGCGCCCAAAGCUGCUGCGCCCGUGCAGCGAGCAUCCCCGCCACCAGAAGCGACCCCGAAGCGAUCACCCGAGCCACCAACAGCGCCACCUGCCAAGCGCCAACGCCUCGUCACCAAGGCGCGCAUCGACGAGCACGGCUACAUGGUCAACGAGAGCGUGUACGAAGACGUCGCGAGCGGCGACGAGGAGCCCGCGCCGCCUGUCGCCCCCAAGCCGCGCGUCUCGGCCAAGCUGCCGGCGCCGCCACCCAAGAAGAAGCGCGUGCUCAAGACGUCUGGCACAGCCAAGCAAAGCAACUUGAUGGAUUUUUUUGGCAAAAAGUAGAUGAAUAUAUUUGCCUUUUGCAUAUUCGACUGCA